UAGUAGCUGCAUUUCUAGAAGAUAAAACUGAAGUAACAUUUGCUUGGAUAUUAGAUAAAUUAAAAUCAGUUUGUGAAAUUAUACCAACAACUAAACUUAUUGAAGAAUAUCCUGCUUAUGAAAAAUACCUUAUGCAUACAUUAUAUAAAUGUAAAGAAAGUUGGGCUAGUUAUGUAGUAAAUAGAUAUUUUACUGCAGGAAUCCAAAAUAUGCAAAGAGCUAAAGCUUCUAAUAAGAUUAUUAAAGAUAAGCUUAAUUGA